AUGACCCUCAACUGUUGGAAGAACGUAGCAACUCCAAGCACCUGACCGCAUCCUCAAACAGGGCCUGGGGUCUUACCAUAGGUUCUCUAGAGGUUGAUUUUCCAUAUGAAUACGACUUUGCUGACAAUUACAGUGCUAUUAUCAAUAUCAAUAAAUGGUUGAAAAUGUUGCACAGAAAGAAGAGACAAGGAGAUGAACCUCUGUAUGCUGAUUUUGUCCUUAGGGUGAAAUCAGUGGCUAUAAGGAUUCAUGAUGAUCCGUUUGAAGUAAAGAUCGGCGAUAACUUUGAUCUGAUGAAGGACGAGUACAUGGAGGCCGCCCGUCGCUUGGAUGUUCUUGGUUGCAAAGUAGCUGAAUUGAGACAAAACCAUGGAGAGCUUCUGUCAUCAAACAAAAUAUCAGAACUGUACACCUCUCUGGCAAAGAAGAAUGUUGACAUCUACAUAAAGCGUUCUCAGAAACUGUACGCGAACACUCCAAUGCGACAAGCAUUGAUGACGCUAACCGUGGAUGACAUGGAAGUAAUUAUAUUAGCAGAUCCGUCGAUGAAUGGUAAAAAAAAUAUAAUUAAUAUCAUGAAGGAAAUAGAUCAUUCUAGUGUUCCCCCACCUGAUGACAUUAAUUUUACAACUCUCUGGUGCCGUGUGGUUAGAGGAAACGUGCAACACCUUGAUAUCGGUUUACGAGACUAUCCCCUGCGAGUAGUUGAACUGAGUGACUGGAUGUGGUGGGGGAGGCUGCUAGGCGCUGAACAAGAAGGGGUACCAAGAG